CCGAGUCAAUAUGUCGUCGUUCAGUACAAGAUAUUCCUUGAUCUUGGCCUGUUCGCGUGUUUUUCUGGCUUCGAUAGCCUCCUUGCUUUGCCGAGCGCGCCUGACUCCGUGCUAAAGGGUGCCAUUGAGACGAUAUACCGAUAAACUUGACGUGUACAGACCAUGACUGAUAAGGUAAAGGAAAGGUAACCGUGGGAACUUUUGACUUGUCCCGGUCGUUCACUUUGAAGAUCGCAACUCUUGCUCAUCGUCGACCACGAUGCCCUCAGUAGCAGAGAAAGGAAACUCGUUGGAGAGCCUUUCCUCUCUCUUUCCGCUGACAUUCCCUAUCCCAAGCCCAGUUACUCACCCUGACCUCGUCACCGUAAAAGAUCUCCACCGCGAGGAGGACCUCCUCCGUAAUCCACAGUCUUUUCGCGCUUGGUGGUCAGCAAUCCAUACUGCACGGGAUGCAUAUACGUCUCAAAUCAAAACCGAACGGCCGUCCGAUCUCCCGGAAGAGGUUGCGGCACUUAUUGGGCCUCUGUCGACACCUCUUCGCCGUAUAUCAUUGCAGCGCCUGACCUACCUCUAUGAGUCAGCGUUGGUCCAGUUUCCUGGUUCAUUCAAAAUGUGGAAGUCGUACCUAAUAAUGCGAAUGUCGUACGUGCUGGGCAAGCAGGUCGUGAAAAAGAGAGCUGGCGGGAAAAAGAAAUUUCCCGAGAUGAAGGACGCGCUGGAGGAGGAAAAAGAAGAUCUUGAGGAGUGGGAGGCAGGUUUGGAUGGCGUCGUUGGCUGGGAAGAGUGGAAGUCGCUUAUUGCAACCUUUGAACGCGCGCUUAUGUGGUUGCCAAAGCUACCCCGGCUAUGGCUAUUGUAUCUAUCCAUAUUUUUCCACCCUUCAUGUCCUCCAAUAAUUUCCUACACCCAUGCACGCCAUACUUUCGACCGAGCGCUGCGAACACUUCCGCCUUCCCUUCAUUUCCGUAUCUGGGUUCGAUAUCUCCUUUGGGCGGAGACACGAGGAGGAUCAACAAUGGUUGCAGUAUAUCGUCGCUACAUCGCUGUUGACCCGAGCGUAACAGAACGCUUUACUUCCCUCCUACUUUCACCUUCGACAUCAGACCCGCGUCCUCUCGAAGCUGCAAAGCUCCUGCUUUCACUGGCACGGAAAGCCUCGCGAGGAGAAUACGUCAGUCCCGAAGGCAAGAGCCCAUACCAGCUUUUAGGAGAUUGGCUGGACGUUGUCGAGAAGUUUUCGGAUGACGUAGGCUUGGACACAGAUGAGACUGACGUCUCUAAUGCAAACAACGAACAAGCUGAUGCCGCAAAGUCGUCGGAGCCUGUUCCGGCAGAUGGUCAAUACAAACCUGUUCCAGAGCAUGAUGAAGACGAGGAUCCUACAAGCCCACGCAAGCUCAAUAUCGAGAGGAUCAUACAGAAAGACGGCCUUGACUUGUACAAGGACCAAGCAGGUCGUUUGUGGACCGGUCUAGCAACAUAUUGGAUCAAACGUGGAGAGUUUGACCGGGCGAAGGAUACCUUUGAACAGGGUAUCUCAUCAGUAUUGACUAUUCGUGACUUCACACAGAUAUUCGAUGCCUAUGCAGAAUUCUGCGAGUCUUUGAUUUCUGCCAUGAUGCAGAAUUUGGCUGAUGAGGAAGAUGAGGAAGAUGCUGCGGAGACGGAGAAAGAGCUCGACAUUAGGAUGAAGGAGUUCGAGGAGCUAAUGGAUCGGCGUCCAUUCCUUGUGAACGAGGUACUGAUACGGCGAAAUCCUAAUGAUGUCCAAGAGUGGGAGAAAAGAGUUGCUCUAUGGGGGGAGGAUGACGAGAAGGUUGCAGAAACAUACACCAAAGCAUUGGAGACUAUUGUACCUCGAAAAGCCACCGCCAACUUGCAUCGGUUAUAUGUCAGCUUCGCCAAAUACUACGAGGAAGGCGGCGCAAGUGGAAUGGCUGAACCGGACCUCGAUAGUGCCCGGAAGAUUCUUGAGAAAGGGACCAAAGUGAACUUCAAGGCCGUGGAAGACCUGGCAGAAGUCUGGUGCGAAUGGUCAGAACUGGAGAUUCGACACGAAAAUUACGACGAAGCUAUUCGGGUGAUGCAGCGUGCUGCAGCUAUUCCUAAAAACACAAGAAUAAAUUACCACGAUCACACACUGUCGACGCAGACGCGCUUAUUCAAGUCUCUCAAGCUUUGGUCGUUCUACGUUGACCUUGAGGAAUCUAUAGGCUCAGUGGAAUCCGCCAAGGCAGUCUACGAUAAGAUCCUGGAGCUCAGAAUAGCAAACGCCCAAAUUAUUGUCAAUUAUGCUGCGUUCUUGGAGGAGAACAAAUACUUUGAGGAGAGCUUCAAGGUCUACGAACGGGGAGUAGAGCUUUUCACUUUCCCCAUAUCCUUUGAGAUAUGGAAUAUAUACUUAUCAAAAUUCAUCAAACGAUAUGGCGGCACGAAAAUUGAACGAGCUCGGGAUCUUUUCGAGCAAGCAUUAGAGAAAUGUCCCCCGAAGUCAUGUAAACCCCUCUUCUUGAUGUACGCCCAGCUGGAAGAAGACCACGGUCUCGCUAAACGAGCCAUGUCUAUCUUUGACCGUGCCACUCAAGUCGUUGCCGAUGAAGAUAAGUUUGAGAUGUUUACCAUCUACAUCGCCAAAGCCACUGCCAAUUACGGGCUUCCCGCCACUCGUCCUAUAUAUGAGCGGGCCUUGGAAGUUCUCCCGGAUCGACAAACUGCCGAGAUAUGCCUCCGCUUCGCCGCUCUGGAACGCAAACUUGGUGAAAUUGAUCGCGCGCGCGCGAUCUACGCCCACGCUUCCCAAUUCUGCGACCCCCGCGUCAACCCUCAAUUCUGGACCGAAUGGAAUAGCUUUGAAAUCGAGACGGGAUCUGAGGACACUUUCAGGGAGAUGCUGCGCAUUAAGCGUAGCGUGCAGGCACAGUUCAACACUGAGGCGAGUUACUUGGCGGCACAGACUAUGGCGGCUAGGCAGGGGACGAGGAAGGACGAUUUGGAGGAUGCGGUAGAGGAUGCGAUGGCUAUGGCUGAUAAGCAAGCUGGUGCUACAAAAGGACCGGCUUUCGUGGCUGCGAAAAAGACGGCCUUGCCUCGUGUGGAUGAAGAGGUACAGGAAGGGGAAGCUCCAGCACCAGUAGCCAAUACUGAUGAAAUCCAUAUCUCGGACGAUGAAGAUCUGUAGUACAUGUUAUGUAGC